CAUUACAGUCAUUACUCGACCAACAACAACGCGUGCUGGACGUAUUCCAACGUGCUCCUCAGUGAAGCGGUAUUUUUUUCAAAAAAUCAUCGCCGAGAGGUCACCAGUUCUGAGCUAACAUUGAAAUUUGUUUUCCUGAACGUGCCUACAACAACAUCAAAAGAUGGCUGACGAAGUUAAUCCUAAAGCCUACCCCCUCGCCGAUGCUACCCUGACAGCGAAAAUCCUGAACCUUGUUCAACAAGCAAUGAACUACAAACAACUGCGUAAGGGUGCAAACGAAGCCACUAAAACCCUCAAUCGUGGUCUGUCUGAAUUCAUUGUGAUGGCAGCGGAUGCUGAACCCCUAGAGAUUCUCCUCCACUUACCACUACUCUGUGAGGACAAAAACGUUCCCUACGUCUUCGUCAGGAGUAAGCAGGCCCUGGGUAGAGCGUGUGGUGUAUCAAGGCCAGUUGUCGCAUGUUCAGUUACUGUUAACGAGGGAUCACAACUGAAGCCACAGAUUCAAGCUAUUCAGCAAGAAAUUGAACGUCUGUUGGUUUAAUUCAAUUUUAUAAAAUGUUCAAUGAGACAUUCCUGGACUACUUUUAUAUCGAGUUUCAGACGAAAUUCGGACAGAAAUUUCAUUCUUCAUUCGAUUUAAUAUUCAAUUUGAAUUAAUUUUUAUUUGUCUCAUUGAACCUAAUUAUAGAAUUGUACCUGAAUCAAACAUUCUAAUUACUUCUCUCAGUAAUUAUUCCAUUUUUGUAAUUAUACUUAACAAAUGAAUUAAAAUACAUUUUGUAUCACAAGAUGUUUAAAAACAAUAAAAAAAAAGUAAAACUUA